GAUUAGUUAUUUACGUUUCGGUAAAUGUGAUGUUGUGAUUGCAGGUUUUCUUCACCCACCUGCUGCGUCUUAUUUAAAUUAUUAAUAUUAAAUCAGAUUGCUUGUUGACAAGAGUUUAGUGUUGUCGAUAUUUUGUUUUUUAUAGUUCUACCCAAAUGCAUGUCAAUCGAGAUUUUGUAUCUUAAAAUAGUAGUAAAUACCGAUCGUGUUGGUAAUUAUGACAAACAAGGACAUAAUCUCUGUGAAAUAAUAUUGCGGAGUGGCAUGACAUCCCCGAGUGGUGUGAAUACGCGAAUAAGCACUAAUCAUCACACUGCAAUGGCAAGUCACUUAAAUUCUUCUGUGGAUUUUGGUAGGGCGGUUGCUGUACCGCCCCCGUCAUCAGGCAUUGGAUAUGAUUUCCAUGUUGCUGGCUGCAGCGACUCUUCUUCCGAGUCCCAUUCGCCGGAGAUGCCAACGAUUAAAGCAAGUGACCGUGAAUCUCGCAUUAUAGCAGAAAAACAGCGCCGAAGCUUGUACAACGCCCAGAUAUCACAGAUUACUGCAUUACUCUCUGAUAUUGGUCAGUCUCAGCGUAAAGUUGACAAAACCAGUGUUUUGAGACUGGGAGUUAAUAAGUUGCGCAAUGAACAUGUCUUUGGUGAUACUAUCAAAUGUGUUCACUUAGACUCAUGGUCUCCAGCAUUUCUGAAGUAUUUCGAUCUUUUUGGCGGUAUUAUGAUUGCAGUGACUUGUCGUGGUCGUAUUUUUAUUGUAUCUCCAAAUGUUCAAGAGAAAUUAGGAUAUUGUCAUGUGGAUAUGUUGGGACAAGAUUUGUAUAAUUACAUACACAUUGAUGAUAGGGACAUACUUAAACGACAUAUAUAUCCCCCUGAAUUACGUAGUGGAUGUCAACGACAGUUAUUUGAAGAGCACCAUAACUUUAAUAUCCGCAUUAUGAGAGCAUCUGCUAAAUCAGAUCCACAACGGUAUGAACGGUGUCGCAUAAAUGGAGUAUUGAGACGUUCAGACAGGGCCACUGCAAAUACAGUACAGGAUGAACAGACAAUAAGAAGACAACGAGUUAGACGGAAUCACACAUUUUCAUCUAGCGGUAAUGACAUUGUGUUUAUUGGAAUGAUUCACAUAUUGUCAAAUGCAUUGCCUGCUCGUGUGAUGCCUCCAACUGCAUAUACAGAGUAUUGGACGAGGCAUUUAAUUGAUGGUCGUAUAGUACAAUGCGAUCAAAGUAUUUCAUUGGCAGCUGGGUAUAUGACUGAGGAAGUGACGGGAGCAUCUGCAUUUGUGUUCAUGCAUAAAGAAGAUGUACGCUGGGUAAUAUGUGUUCUGAGGCAAAUGUAUGAUCAAAGCCGGGAAUUUGGAGAAUCAUAUUACAGACUUAUGUCUAGGUCUGGUCAUUUUAUAUAUAUGAGAACCAGGGGUUUCCUUGAAAUUGAUAAAGAAUCGAAGAAUGUUCAAAGUUUUGUGUGUGUAAACAGUGUAGUUGGUGAAGAAUAUGGUCGACGUAUGAUGGAUGAAAUGAAACGUAAGUAUUCAGUCAUAGUGGACAUAGACCAACAACAAAACGAUAGCUUUGAAUCAUUUGAUGAAGCUCCAGUUGAGCAUCCAAAGCGACUGGAGAGAAUUGUUAUGCAUCUGGUGGAAUCUCCAUCUCCUAAGUCUAAGAAUGAUGACUUAAAACUUGUAGUCCCCUCAAAACAAAAUAUAAUAACAGCUAUAAAGAACAGUGAGCGGGUUGUACAAGAAACUGGUAUAAAGUUUGAUUCCAGAAAAAGGAAAAAGCCAGAUGACCUGAAUAGUGAAAGUUUGAAAAGGCAUAGUGGACUACAGGAUUACAAAUUCUAAGUUGUGUUUUUAUAACUGUCAGGGCUGUUUGAUAUUCGUGAUUUUAUGUUCCUAAGACUUAAUAAUGUACCUUGCUAAAUAUUAUGUGGAUGGUGAAUAGCAUACUUGACCAAAUAGUUCAUUAUAUUAGUAUGUUUACAUAAAUGUAAUUUUGGUACAAUUUAUAUUGAGUGACUGAAGUGUUGAACAGGCAUUGUUUAGGGCGAUUGACAUUAUUUGAAAAUAAGGGAAAGUGAUAAAGGUCAGUUUGGAAUUAAUGGAAUUAAUUUUCAGUGAUUGUUUAAUAUUCAGUUAUUGUACCUAAACACAUAAUAUACACAAUUAUAGUAUGUCUUAUAAGACUUAAUAGAAUUUUUAUCCAAAUAUUAAUUCCAAUUUCCAUUGUUGGUGUUUCCAUGCCAUGACAAUAUAAAGAAUCUUGAACCCCUUAAUUUUAAAAUCAUAAGACUGAGUGAAUCUGAAAUACCUAGGAGGAUUGCUUUUUAAAAAGAUAUGUCAAAUAUAAUACCUAGGUGUAUUGGAUGAUAUUAAUAGUGAGUAGUCAUAAACAAUGCCUGUAUGCACAAUUUGUUACUGUGCCAAAGGUCUGCCCUGUAUUUGAAAUGCUAAUUUCUGAUAUAAUUCUAACUAAACAUAAACUAAACUCCAUAUAUCAAAAUAAAACAUAUAUAUAAUACAUAUUGUUAGUGUGGACAAAUUAUAAAUAAACAAAGCAUUGCAUCAUAUAUUAUUGACUAAAUACAAAUAGUUACAUAUAUAACUUAAAUAUUUCCAUGUGUAAUACCUUACCAUCAUAUUAUUGACCACUUUCGCCAACGAUUUCAUUUUGUUUGGAAACCAAUUUAAAUCCAAUUAACACAAAUUUUUAAAUUAGGCUUACCAUAACACAUGCACUGUGUCCAAAUUCGUUACUGACACGCUCCCACAAACAAACAGAUAAAAUGUUAAAAUCAAUGUUUUGCAUUCUACUGUAUCAAUGGAGUCCUAUUUUCAAUAAAGUACUAGAAUAAAUCCAUAAAAAAAAACAUAUUUUAUAUGUUUUUUUUUCUAUACAUAGAGAUGACAAAAUAUUCAUAGGCUGUUUUUGAGAAUAAUAUUUUUUUUAUAAUACUAAACCACUAGACCACCAAAGCCGGCUAAAUGGUUUCUUUGUUGUUUCUAAUAAAUUUAAUAACUUUAAAUGCUAAUAUACAACAUAAUUUCUGAAAGCAUUUUGUACGACAGCAGUGCCCAAAUAAAUAUUAGUAUUAUUUAGUUUAGAUUUUUCUUUGGAUCCUAAUUACUGUUACCGGUGUCGUAAUAUAUGUAAUCACUAAAAA